AUGUUUAGCCAAAUCGCGCGUAUCAAUGAUCACCUUUAUUUGAGCAGCCUCGAGGCCUUGACUCCGGCUAGACUGGAGGCCUGUGGAGUGACCCAGAUUAUUUCAGCAAUGAUCGAAGUCCUUCCCCAAGAUCUCCUCCUCCUACGACCUUCUGCAUCACCAGGAGACAAUGGACGGAGGGCACAUGUACAGAUCUGCGUCGAGGACUUAGAGAGUACUGAUCUGGGGACUCACUUCGACGCGGUAGCUGAUCGAAUCGCCCGAGAAGCGAGGAAAGGAGGGCGAAGUUUGGUGCACUGCAUUGCGGGGGUUUCACGUUCCCCCACUCUCGUGCUCGCCUACCUGGUGAAACACGGUCACAUGACGCUGGCUGAGGCCUACGACCACGUGCGUGGCCUCAGACCCUGUAUCUGUCCCAACAUAGGCUUCUGGCGUCAACUCAUCGCCUACGAAAUCGCCCGACGGGGUGUCCCGUCCCUGCGUAUAGCUACCCCCACCUCCUCACCCCCUUCGUCACUUCGUCGGCGUCAGCAACCAUACCUGCAGCAGUGGAAUGGCUACUUGAACCAAAGCCGGCACAGCAAGUACUAG